GUCUAGGGGCUUGGCCUCACGCAGUCCCUAGGGACUUGCCGGAGUGGUACACGUGUGCUCCUAAUCACCGAAUGGUAUGUCGGGACCCUCGGCAUGGGGUUGGCUUAUAAGCUGAUAUCCGCUGCCAAACAAUAGUAAGUAUUGUUUUGCAUGCGCUUUACUGUCCUGCAAAUCAUCAAAUAGCCAGUAUGGCGCAAACAUGCAGCCAUCCGCGGCCAACUUCUAGCAGGGAGGACCUCUGGGCGCGCCUCACGCCCGAGCUUAUCCAUAAGAUCAGUAGCUACUUGCAUCCUAAUGAAGUUAUUACCAGUGUCAAACUGCUCAACCGGGAGACUGCGGAUUGCCUCCACGACAGCUUUCGCUCUUUCGUUCUGGGCUGCAAACAAGAGUACAAAUGGGAGCCAUACCGCGCGGAGCAGCCCUGGCCGGGCCGGGACUUUGUGGCGCACUGGGGCAGGCCCGGCCCCUGGCGCGGCCUCAGCCUGGCCCAACGUCACCGGCUGCUUUGCCUGGCGGCCUCGUCGGGCCACCUGCCCAGCCUGGACGCGGCGCUGGCGCAGUGCGGCUGCACUCUCACCUCAGGGGCUCUCGCUUCAGCAGCGGCCGGCGGCAGCGUGGCGGCUUGCGAGCGGCUGCUGGGCGCGGGCGAUGAGGGGAGCCACGCGGCCAGCGCGGCUGCGGCGGUUGGCCACAUGCCCGUGCUGCGGCUGCUGCUCGACCGGACAGGUUUAUUAACAAGAGCGUCAUUGUACGCCACAAGCUGCACGGCGGCAGCAUGGGCGGGCCAGUUGCCGGCGCUGCAGCUGCUGCUGGAUUUUGCCGCUGGCGGUGCAAAGACACGGGUCAUCAGGAAUGCCGCAGCCGGCGCCUUCGCGGGCGGGCAGCGGGAGAUCCUCGUCUGGCUGCAGCAGGCGCACGGCUACAGCCCCAGUCUGGGAGAUGCAGUAGCAGCGGCGCGGGGGGGUCACGUGGCGGUGUUGGAGCAGCUAAUGCCGCCGGUGCUACAGCCAGACAGACCGCCAGCGGCCGCGGCAAGUGCAGGGAAUGACUCAGAGCAAAACCGGGUGAGCAGGACGGCACUGCUUGAAGCUAUCACCGCCGGCUGCCCUGUGGAGGUCCUGCAGCGGCACUAUGCGCGGCUGUGGUCGUUGCCGGCGAGAGCGGAUGCUAAUGGGGAGCUCGGUGAAGAUGCAGCAGCCGCAGCAGCAGCUAGCAACAUUCGGCGGGUACUGCUAAACGCCGUCGCGGGCAGCGGCACGGAUUGCUGGGGCCGUAAGCUGGACUUCCUCCUGUCGGCUUGGGGCCCAGCCGUGGUGGCACGGGAACUACAGAAACCCGCAACCCUUGCUUUUGAAGCGUCUUUGCAGCCAGACUACACGCAGCGGCUGCGGCGCCUGCAUGCAGCGGGCAUGCCCCUGGGAGUGGAGGCGAUGGAGUAUGCAGCUAGAUUCGGGCACGUCGACGCGCUCACGUAUCUCUUAGACGAGGCCGGCGCACCCGUAGCAGCCAUUGACACGGCGUUUGUGCGGGGCUAUGUGUUGGCGUGCAGGCCUAAGCAUGCAGUUACGCAGCAACUGUUGAGGCUGCUGAAGGAGCGUGGCUACACGUUUACAGCAGCAGACGUGAAGAUGGCAGCAUCACACCGCUGGCUUGAGGAGUCUUUGCUUGCGCUAAUUCAGAUGGUGGUGGAUGGCGACACAGACGGAGACGACCGCAGCCGUUGGUCGGCAGCAUUCGUGUGCGCCGCCUAUGCCGGCGCCGGCAUUUGCGUGCUGCAGGCGCUGCGGGCGCGCGGCGCGGCUGUGGACCUGGCGGCGGUGGCGAAGGGCGGCAGCGAGGAGGCACUGGACUGGGCGGCGGCGGAGCUGGAGGCGGAGCAGGAGCAGCAUGAUGGCGGCUUGGGUGGGGUGCUGGCGCCAUUGGGGCCCUCAGAGAUUCACUGGAUACACAAGCGCGGCAACCUCGCCGCCCUGCGCUGGCUGCACCGGCGCGGACUGCUGGACGGCCGCAGUGUGAGCUGGCUGGCUGGCCGCGUGGAGCUGGGGGUGGCGCCUGCAGCAGCCGGAGGGGUCGAGCACUGAGCAGGGCGGCUGCAUGGGGGCAGAAAAGUGUCAGUGGAUAGGGUAGGGCAAGUACAGGCGCGGGGACCGUGGGUGCUCUUGGGCCAUCGGCGUUCUGAGUGAUAGCAGAAUCCAUGGCUGCUUAAGGUCGCUGGCGGUUUGGUGGGGUUCUCCGUCCCAGCCUUGGUCGUGGCAUGUACGGUAUGUUGGCAAAUACAGACGGCGUAGGCGGACAGGGUGCAUGCGGGGGGAGGGAAUGCUUGGGGUUGGGGCACUGUGUAAGGACCGAAGCCCGUGCUGCUGCUGCGUUUGCUGCUUGCGAGGUAGGGCACAGUAGUGGCACGGUGGCCUGCUGGCGGGCGACACGGCGCCGUGUGGGGGGUAGCUACUUGGCACGAAUGCACGCACCAGCAUGGACCGGCAUGGACGGCUCAUGUGCACAGCUAGCUAACGUGCGUGCGUGCGGUAUCGCCAGAUGCUGCAGCGUUCGUGGUGUUCUGGGAUGCUGGUGGUAGAGGCACGCACGUCGCUGCCGGCGGCUGAAUGUUGUUGCGGGAGGCGGUGGCGUGCUGCUGAGGGGCGCAUGCCGCCUUGCGGUGCGGGCGGCAGGAGGCACUGUGUAGCAGCACAGCGGCUGUGAGCUGGGAGGUUCGAGCUGGUGGGAGCUGCGCGGUUGGGUCCGCCGUCGCUGUCGCCGCGCUCAACGGGGCCGCCCCAUGCACGCCGCAGUGGCACACGGCUGCUCAUAGACUGCUAGUGGGAUGUCGGGACCCUUGGCAUGGGGGUGGCUUAGCUGACAUC